CCCGGGGAGGCGUGGCCUGCGGACGGGCGCUGUGAUUGGCUGGCGCAGCGGGGCCGCGCUGCGUGUUUCCGGAAGACGUGGCCGCUGCUUCCCGGCCGGUUCGGUGCCCGCAGACCCCGGAGACCCCGAGCAGCCGCCGCCAUGAUCUCCCUCACCGACACCCAGAAGAUUGGGAUGGGCCUGACCGGCUUCGGCGUCUUCUUCCUGUUCUUCGGCAUGCUCCUGUUCUUUGACAAGGCUCUGCUGGCCAUAGGAAAUGUCUUAUUUGUGGCAGGUUUGGCGUUCGUCAUCGGACUGGAGCGAACGUUCCGCUUCUUCUUCCAGAAGCACAAAGUAAAAGCCACAGCGUUCUUCUUAGGGGGCGUAUUGGUGGUCCUGAUCGGCUGGCCGCUCAUCGGGAUGGUCCUGGAGAUUUACGGCUUCUUUCUGCUGUUCAGGGGGUUCUUCCCAGUGGUGAUCGGCUUCAUACGAAGAGUCCCCGUCUUAGGAUCUAUCCUCAAUUUACCUGGAAUAAGCUCGCUUGCGGAUAAAGCUGGCGAAAGUAACAACAUGGUAUAAGAAAGGUCACCAAUUGGUCAAUGGGCGCUGCGCUAUUUCUACGAAAGUGCAAACUGAAACGGAAGGUCACAUCCGGAGACAGCCAAUCACACUACAACAGCCUGUUACAUUCACUCGGAGGCUCCAGCGCUUCUGUGCGUGAGACGCAGCGGGCGCUCCUCCUGCGUUCAGGGUCCACAAACGUCGCAGAACUUAACGGACAAGCUGCGAUUAAUAAGACGUUUUCCUCGGAGAUCUGUCUGAGCCCACAUAAUCCGCUGUAACUGUGGUACCUGCUUGGUUACUAUUAUUUUUUUUUGCACUUGUAGAAAAUGGGGAUUUUUUUUUAUUUUAUUUAUAGAAAUGUGGAAUAAAAAACGAGACACUCCUGUGACCGAGGCGACCCUCGCGUGAUGCAUGAAAGCUGCGCAGGAUGGGGUCAUUUUUAAGAACCGAAAAAAUGGAUUUAUAAAAAAAAAAAAAAUGAUGAUGAAAAUCGGGUUAUUACUGUGUGAAUAAAACCAUUUUUUGUAAAUAUGAUUCUAAACAAA